AAAUUUUUUAAAAUAUAUUGAGAAACAAGAUUUAAAAUGACGGCAUGUUGCCGUUUCUCCGAUCUCAAAAGUUCUGUUUACAAUCAAAACGGAGAAGGUUACUUUGAACAAUUGUCGGCAUACAAUCACAUGUCUGCACAUUUACGUCGUGUACUUUUAGCUAAAAGUAGAGUUGACAGUAAAAAUAAAAAUUAUUUAUCAAAAAAAAGAAGUAUGUCCGCUGGUAGAGUAAGAACAGAUAAAACUCCGUCACAAGAAUUUAUUGAUCGGGUUGCUUAUGAUACUGAACAUCAUCCACUGGAUGUGUUGAGGAUGGGCCUCAAUGUAACCGAUUACAACAGAUCCCAAGUUAUUGAUUUCCCGAAAACGCGUUUGAAUUCAAGCAGGCGACCGAUUGAAAGCGAACGAGGCCGCGUGUGCUCGAGAUCAAGGUCGAGAUACACAUCCGGUUUGUCAUUUCAUUCGGCAAGUCCUGGCUCGUUUGCUAAAAAGAAUUUAAAAGCUCGCGAUAAGCAUGACGGGGAAUUAGACGAAGAAAAUAAUGACGAUGAAGAAGAAAUAGAAGUUUGCUAUGGUGGAAAAUGUAAUGAAUACAGCGGUAAUUCAAGUGUACGUUCAUCUCCGAGGUCAGCUAAAAGUAAAGGUGAAAAUGAUCGAGUCGGUUCAGCGUAUGGAUCGAGUUUUGAAUCACCCUCGGAGGGUUCUCACUCUCGGCAUGAUUCCGCAGCCUCCAAGGACUCGGCUUCGAGCCGCAGUAACGAGAGUUCAUUAAUGAGUACUCGUAAAACCAGAGAGAAUCCUGAUUGUAUGUUCGUUAGCACAUCCGAUGAAACGAAGUACUCGAAAUUUUUGUACGAUAUUACUCAAGAGAUUGUUCAGAAUGGUUAUUACAAAGAUGAAGAGCUGAGAAAAGUAUUUCAGAAACAUAUUAAAAGAAAUUCUAGUAUACUUGAUAAGAAUAAAAUGAUGUAUGAAUUGUACCAAUUAAAAUUGUCAUUAAAUAUAAUUGAUCAAGAAGACGAAGACGAAGAAGAGACAAUUGAAAAAUUUAUAAAAUCUAAAAAAUAUUCAUCAGCAUCACCAUUGAAACCUCCAACUCCUCCGAAAAUUCUUGACGAAAACAAAGUGACGGACAAAUUGAUGAAUCCAGAAGAACUGAAAGAAACUUACAGCAAAUCACCUCACAGCGGCAGGAAUACUGUCGUGCUCGUCGACGCAAAUCCCGAGUUAUUAAUCACCGAGAGAGACGUCCUUGCAACACUCAUGGAGAUGAAUAUUGAUCCCGAUCAAGCGCACAGAGCCUGCAAGCGGCUGCUGAAGAGGAGUAAAGAUUUGCAUACAUUACAGAUGGUAAAAGAAAGAACGCUCGGCCAGGUGCACGCAGGGAGAAAGGACACGGGGAUAUCUCCUAUUGCUUCAGCGACCAGACCCGAAGGAUCUCGUAGCCAAGUCGGUCAUUCGCAUCAUUAUCAUCAGCAACAGUAUCAUCAGUAUCAGCAUCAGCAGCUCCAACGGCAGUAUGAUAUUACUUAUACUGGAACAUCAAAGAAAGAUUUCAAUAGAAGCAAAAUUCAAUUGUUAACUUGUCCAGACUACGCUUUGAAGGCCCAUCCUUCUAUGACUCAUCCUCCUCAAUGUUCUUCUGUGAAAAAUACUUUUUAUACAGUACAGAAUGAUUGCAUUCAGAAAAAAACUAUAGAAUGUAUUUGUAACUCAAGACUCAGAGCCAAGUCACCUUGCGAAAUUUUAUCCGGCUACUCGGCUAAAAAAAAACAGGCGGAAAAAAUAGUAAAUGAAAAUAAAUUAAAUCGUAAUAAAUGUUAUUGUCCGAAAAAAAAAUUGAAGGAUAGUAAAAAUAAAAUAGAAUGUGAUAAAAAAAAAUCCGAAGAUAAAAUAAAAGUUUCAAAUAAAGAAAUUGAUGAUGAAAUGUCUAGAGAAUCAGAGCUACGAGAAUCCAAAUCAAUAGAAUUAAAUCAAGUGUCAGAAAAAUUAGAAUUAUUUGCCGGGGAAUCGGUUGAUAAAAAAAAAUCCGAGGAAAGUGGGACAGAAGACUCAAGUGCGUCACAAGUAACUCGACUUUCGUUUCCUGCUGUUAGAGAUACAGAGGACCGAGACGUCACACCCCGACUUUCUCUUGACAUAAAAAAAAGUCAAGCUGAAGAAAUGAAAAGUUCCGUUACCGCUGACGAAUCUACAAGCCAUGAAUUACAAUUGCGAAUGUCACAUAGCGACUUAAGUAAUUUGAGCAAUAAAGACGAUACUGACGAGUCUAUCGCCGAGUUUUAUUCCGACGAUGAUUCUUCCGUAAAGUCCGAGGUCAAAGAUGACGAAAAAGAAGUUGAUGUAAAUUACAGAUAACCCCCAACUUAAUAUUUACUAUCUACCAUAAACACAAAAACUUAUUUAUUAUUCAUAAUCAUUUUUUUAUAAACUUAUCACGUGCAGAUAAAUCUAGACUCUCAAUUUUUCCACGAUGACUCGCACGAAUUUUUGUUGCACAAGGAAGCGCCGAGACCUGAGUCACCAAAAGCCUCUAGAAAAAGACAAGUAAUUUAAAUUUGAAAUUAAUCACUCGUAAUUAAAAUCAGCAAAAAUAUAAAAAAUUAUUAUUUCAGUUGCAUUCCUCCGACUCAGAGCAUCAGCCAAAGCGAACACACACUCAGGAAAAAAUUAUCGCCAGACCCGAUUUCCAUCCCGCGAACUGCGCAGCAGUGUGUCCCAAUUUACCCCAAAAGAAAUUACGCGACAUGUUGCUAUGCAACUCAUGCGAGCAGUCUGUAAAAAAAAUGUAUUAUUAAGUAGAAAAUAAAUAGUCUGCAGUUUUUAAAAUUAAUUGACAGAAAUAAUGAAGAUUAAUUUUUACGACUAUUUAUUUUAUUGAUAAAAUAUUUCGUUACAUUACGCAGUGCUCUGGAUAUAAGCUUCUAUCACCAUCAAUCAGUACUAUUUGUUUUUAAUAUUAAUCACUAUUAUUAAUUAUUUUAAUAACUAUAAUUAUUUUUAAUUACUUAGUCUGUUUAUUGAGUCCUUUAAAAAUCAAUGUCGGGAUCAAUAAACAAUAAAAUAUAUUGUGAAAAAAUAUAGUGUAUCAACAUGCGUGUGUAUAACCAGUAUACGCACCCAAACUGUACAUGAUCCAAAUAUAUAUUUAUAUAUCUAUAUAUAUGUAUAUAAUUUAUACAUGGAUUCAUAUAUAUAUUGAUUAUAAUUAUAGGUAUUAGUAUGUUAAUUACUUGAUAGUUUUUGUGUACUAGAUCUAUAGUUACAGAAUUAUACAAUCAAGUGAUAGAGAUCAAUUAAUUUUUUUUUUCUUUUUUUUUGUAGAAAUGUGAGACGUCUACAAUUUUUUGCCUUGUAAUAAAUAAUCAAUAAUCAUUGAUUGAUUAUAAAUCAUCGAUAGUUAUUGUAUAUAUAUAUAAAAUAUACAUUUAUAUGUGUAUUUAUAAAUAUUCACAUAGAUGUGAAUAUUUUACGUACAACCAAUAAUACGCGUUAGUAUUUUUUUCCCA